UGUGACAGGUCUCCUGGCAAGCUCCCCGGAACCAGAGCAGAUCAAUUACAAAUUUCUUUUGCCCCUGGUUUGAUGGGUAGAAAGUAGAAUCGCAACGUGGGCAGUCAGGAGGGCAUGCCUGGUGCAAACCUCGGCUGGCAGGUCAGGUUUCUUCUGAGUCUGCUACUUCUGCUCUUUCUGUGGCAUGGUGGGAGGAAAUCAAGGGACGAGAAGAAUGAAAAGCUGCUAGGCUGAGAAGGUUAUGUGGCACUGGAGGUAUUGGCGUGAUUUCUACAAGGGUCCAGUGAGCAGGAGCACUAAUAUACCAGUUGAUGGAUGAUAUUGCUGCUGUAUUCAAGGUCUAGCCAUGCUUCUGAGGAGCAGUCAGGUCCUGGCCAGGGUCACUGGAGCUAUAAAGACUGGCAGGAGUGGAACUUGCACUACCCGGACUGCGGAGGCAUGAUGCAGUCACCCAUCAACAUCAACACGGCCAAGACCAUCUUCAGUCCCCAGCUGCGGCCCAUCCAGCUCUCUGGCUACAGCCUGCCCUCCAAGGAGAGACUCAAGCUGAAAAACAACGGACACACAGUUGUCCUUAAGCUGCCCGAGUCGCUGGCCAUCACCGGUGGCUAUGCCCAGCAGUACAGAGCUGUGCAGCUGCACCUGCACUGGGGCUCCCUGACGGGACCUGGCUCAGAGCACACCAUCAAUAAUCACCGCUUUCCCGCAGAGAUCCACGUGGUACACUACAACACCAAGUAUGACAACUUUGAGGAGGCGAUGGUCCACCCAGAUGGCCUGGCAGUGCUGGGAGCCUUCCUGCAGGUUGGGCCAAGGGAGAAUCCAUACUAUCGGCAAAUACUUGAGCAUCUGUAUACGAUCCAGGGAGAAGGUGAAGAAGUCCUUGUGCCUGGAUUCAACAUUGCUGGCCUGCUGCCUGCCAACCUGAACCUCUACUUCCACUAUAACGGCUCUCUGACCACCCCUGCCUGCUAUCAGACAGUGAAGUGGACAAUCUUCAACCAGACCGUGCAGCUGUCUCAAGAUCAGAUCUCAGUGCUGGUGACGACCCUGAGGGGGGACGACGACAGCCCUCUGCAGAACAACUUCCGGCGGUUGCAGGAGCUGCAUGGGCGACACGUGCUGGCGAGUUUCCAGACUGCCCUCACGUCGGUGAAGCAGCUGCCUCCUGGCAGCGGAGGCUCUCCAGGGAGGCCGCCCCUCGGGGGUGCUGCGGGGGCAAAGCCCAGCCUGGCCCCACGAGCAGGUGGUGACAGCUCAUCAGAGGCAGGUGCAGAAAAACACACGAGUUCCUUUCAGGCAGGGGAUGUGCUGGCUGUGCUCUUCGGGGUGCUCUUUGCUGUCACCGCGCUGGCCUUCCUGCUCUACAUCCACAAACACCGCAACCAGAAUGCACGGCUGGACUCGCCGACCAAAUCCAAGGUCAUCUACACGGCAGCCACCACAGAUGAGAACGCAGUGUGAGCCCUGUGCCACAGCAGCGGUCCUGGCACUGCUGGCUCAGCCUGCCACCCCACAACCCAUCACUCCUGCCCUGGCUGAUGGGAGGGCUGUCACUCCAGCAUCCCUCUGCUGCAUGGGUUGCCACACAGAGAAAGUUCACCUGGGGCAGCAUCUGC